AUGCAUUUCAAGUUCUAUUUCUACGUCAACGCAGUUGCGGUACAACCGGCCACAGCAGGCAGACGCUGCCGCCGACCGCCUGCGUUCCUAGGCUCGGCGCUCACCUGCGCCGCGCGUGUCUGCAGUUGUUCUCACAUUCAGUUCUUCAAAUUUUUUUUGCUUGUAAAUCUUAAUACUUGGGGAUUUUUUUCUAUUGGUGGCCCCGUAAGGCUUGGGCUCACCGGGCGUUCCCUCCGCUGUAUCCUUCAGGACGCCGGCAAGAAGGCCGUCAGCGGAACCAUGACGAGGAAGCUGUUUUAUUCGGCCCCCUUUGGGGCCUUCCUUUUGUCUUUAGAUUGGAUUUCUUAUUCUGUUGCCAUCCACCUGUCAGCUGCAAAUGAAACGUUUCCAAGGGGAGAAGCAGCCCUCCUCAGUCAGCCGUACUUGCGGGAGGAGGCGGAAGGCGGCUUCGGUCUUUCCCCCUCCUCUGAACCUAGCUUUCUGCAAAAAGGAUUUUUGUUCGGAAGAAAACGAAAGGGAAAACCUGGUGGGGAGCCAACCCCCCAGGCCCAUGGUGAAAACCCGGAGCUUUGGUUGACCUCCACUGGUGGUCCCUUCCCUGCUACCGCAUCGGAAUCUUUGGGUAGUCCGACUGAAAAGGUGACUCAACCUGGAGAUUUUGACGACGGUCCCCCUGCUGAAUCCCGGCGAAAACCUGUUGCAGUGGGACCUGUAAGAGUGGGUACCACGAUAAGGAGAGGCGCAGACUCGUUCAGGAAGAAGCAACAGGAGCACGGGCCACGGCAUAUUCCAAUUUCCGAGAGAAGGUAUGGUCCUGCAUCUGCUCUUGGCGGACCAACACCAAUAACACAAGCAUCAGGUGCCGGCGCACCUACAUCAGGACCCACCGAUCCUUUUGGAUCAUUUCCGGCGGACCUAAGUGGAUCGCUCCCCGCGGUCAGCGGCCCUUCGCAGCCGAUCACCUCAGCAGUGACAGAAGAUCCCUGGAUAACGCGGGGGCCAUCAACCCAAUUCCCAAGCCAGGGUUCGGCACAGUCUCCUUUUGCAGCCCCACGCCCUCCAUUUCCAUCCCAAAGUCCAGCAACCCCUACAGCUGGGCAAGGCACACGUGGAUACCCGUUUUCACCGACUUCAACUGCAGGGCAAACAGUUGCCUUCGUCUUCCCAGGUUCUGGAGAGGGAUCCACUGGUAAACCCCCCCGUUUGGGGGCGCCAGUGCUUCCGCCAAUCCCCACCGGUGGCUUGCCCAAGCUACGUGCCACUCUAUCUCAAGAAGGUGGCUCUCCUUCGACCACGUCAGAGGGGCCAAAGCGGGUCCCCCGCAAAGCCCCUCCCAAACCGCCAAGGCGUAACCUACCUGUUUCCAGUCAAUCCAUGGAUGAAGGCUCUACUGGGAGCGUGGGAAUACAGCCAAUACCGACUCCUCGUAAAACCCCUCCCAAACCGCCACUUCGUAGACAACCUCAAUCAGUUGAUGAAUCUGCACUGUUGGGUGGACCUUCAGAGAGCGCAUCUCCAGCCUGGGACGCCGAUGAUGAAGAUGAUGAGCCACCCCCCGACUUCAUACCCCCACUUCCGCCUGGGAAAAGGCCGCGGCAGCAGUAG